UGGAUGUUCAGCAACUUCCACUAAGCAACACUAACGAACAUUCUACUAAUCCUUCAUUUCUAGGGUUUGAGAACUAACAAUAUGACCAGUUCUUCUGCACCUCCGGCAAAGCGAAGAAGAAAAAAUCAAUCCAAACUUACAAAUGACUCGUCGUCCUUACCAGCGUCACCCGUGGUCGUCUUUGCUCAUGGCGCCGGUGCUCCUUCCUCUUCCGAUUGGAUGACCAGAUGGAAGGAAAUGUUGAGAAGUUCUUUAAACGCAAUAGAAGUGGUGACAUUUGAUUAUCCAUAUUUUUCUGGUGGGAAAAAGAGGGUUCCACCAAAAGCAGAGAAAUUGGUAGAGUUUCAUAAAGAUAUUGUGAAAAAAACUGCUGCUAAAUACCCCGGACACCCUUUAAUUAUGGCCGGCAAAUCAAUGGGUUCUAGAGUGAGUUGUAUGGUUGCAGCUGAGGAUGAUAUUGAAGCAUCAGCACUAAUUUGCUUGGGAUACCCACUUAAGGCCAGGAAGGGAGCUGUGAGGGAUGAGACACUAUUGCAACUUCAAGUCCCUGUAAUCUUUGUACAGGGUAACAAAGAUGGGCUGUGUCCCCUUGAAAAGUUGGAAAAUGUUCGCAAUAAGAUGAAGUCACAAAAUGAGUUACAUGUGAUUGAUGGUGGUGAUCAUUCGUUCAAGAUAGCGAAGAAGCAUCUUCAAUCAAAGGGUUCAACACAAGACGAAGCUGAAGAUCUUGCGAUUCAGGCUGUUGCACCAUUUGUUUCCAGGUGUCUUAGAGGAAAGUGACUACUUUUUUCCAACUUAUGGUUUCUUAACUGUCUGAUCUUCUUUGUACUUUAAUGUUAGGAUUGUAACUUGGUCUAUUUGUGCAUAGUGAUACAUGCAUUGAAGUUUUGUUCAAUGAGAUUGUAUAUAUUUCAGUGCUUUUGACCUUUA